AAGUCCACGAUGGCUCUCCACUGCUCCUGCCAGCGGUAUGUGCUGCUGGGAUGUUUCGUUGCACUUGGGAUAUCAGGGCUUGUGGUGUUCACGGCAGGGAGUAUCUUCAUUUAUCAGUUCCAACAAUACGGCUAUCAGACUGUUGAUAUCGAAAACCUCGUUGUAUCACCAGCAGUUUUAAUCGCCCUUGGGUUCUUCACCUGCCCACUGGCCACUUACUUUUGGUGUUUCAUCGAUAAUAAAUAUAAUCGUCUACAAUUUAUUAUGUUUACAGUUUUAUUAAUAAUCCUAUUCACCUUGGCGUCAUUCACUGCCAUCCUAGCCCUCCAGAAGCACAAAGAGUUGGUCACGAUGUUGACAACAAGCAUGGAGGAUUCCUUGAAGUCCUCCCCCCGUCUUCCGCCGCCAGAUUCGACGUUCAAUCAUACGGAAAUAAAGAUGAAGUGUUGCUCCUCCCAGGAGACACCAGAGGAGGAUUUUACCCCCGGGCUCUGCUGUGACUUUGAGAGACACGAAAAUACAACGAGAAUCAGCUGCGAGAAAGUUUAUGGCACAGAGUGCAGGCACUUGACAAUCAAUCGAUAUCAAUCGAUUUUAAUCCAUGUUUUUCUGCUGGCGUUAUUCUCCGUGGCCUUCCAGAUUCUGGUGAUUUUGAAACUUCUAUACUACGCAAGGAUAAAGAAGAAGCAGAGGCGGAAUAGAGCAAUGUCACACUUUUAAUCAUCAUCGCCGACUUAAAAAAUUCAACACAAUUCCGAAAAUAAAAGGCGAAUAUUGUAUUUAUUAACGGAACAAUUGUUAGCGCAUGAUUCAUAGUAUCCCAUGUAUGAUCUCUCAAUGACGUUACAGGAAAAUUCCUUGAAAAAAUUUUUUACGUCAUGAACUGAAUGACACAACUGAUUACUCAUAGAAUGAACCUGAAUAAAAAAUCCCAGUGGUUCUUCUUAAGGAAUUAUUACAAAUCAUUUCGUUGAUUUCAUCUUUUUUGUUACUGUUUUUUACGAAAAUAUGAAAUUUGAAAAUCAUUA